AUGGCAGAAACAAGAACUGAGUCCGAUGCUUUUGGGAAUGUAGAGGUCGCUUCAGACAAAUACUGGGGAGCUCAGACAGAGCGAUCCUUGGAGAACUUCAAGAUCAACCAGCCUCAAGAUCGCAUGCCUCCUCCGAUUAUUAAGGCUUUUGGUAUUUUGAAGGGUGCGGCUGCAGCUGUCAACAUGCAGUUUGGACUUGAUCCAAAGCUUGGAAAAGCUAUCCAAGAAGCCGCCAAGGAAGUCGCAGACCUUAAGUUGAUCGAUCAUUUCCCUCUCGUCGUAUGGCAAACCGGUUCUGGAACCCAGUCGAAUAUGAAUGCGAAUGAGGUUAUCUCGAAUCGAGCUAUUGAAAUCUUGGGCGGAACGUUGGGAAGCAAGAAACCAGUUCACCCCAACGAUCACGUCAACAUGUCAGCUUCAUCGAACGAUACCUUCCCUACUGUCAUGCACAUUGCUGCAGUCCUCGAAAUCGAAAACGAGCUCCUUCCUGCGAUCAAGUCACUGCGAGAUUCUCUCCAAGUUAAAGUGGAUGAGUUUGAGGCAAAGAAAAUCAUUAAGAUUGGACGAACUCAUUUGCAAGAUGCAACACCUCUUACCCUUGCGCAGGAGUUUUCUGGAUAUGUCGCACAACUUGACUAUGGUAUGGAGCGAGUCGAAUCGUCUCUACCCCACCUUCGACUCUUAGCACAGGGAGGAACUGCUGUAGGUACUGGUAUCAAUACCUUUGUGGGAUUUGCAGAGGCCAUUGCAGAGGAGGUCACCAAGAUGACCGGAACACAAUUCACCACCGCACCUAACAAGUUCGAAGCUCUUGCCGCCCACGAUGCCAUCGUUCAAGCUUCCGGCUCCCUCACCACCCUUGCAUCAUCCCUCUUCAAGAUUGCCCAAGACAUCCGAUACCUUGGAUCCGGUCCUCGAUGCGGUCUCGGCGAACUCGCCCUCCCUGAGAACGAGCCUGGAAGUUCUAUUAUGCCGGGUAAAGUUAAUCCUACCCAAUGCGAAGCCAUUACCAUGGUAUGUGCCCAGGUCAUUGGAAAUGGCACUGCUACGACUAUUGGUGGUAUGAAUGGGCAGUUUGAGUUGAACGUUUUCAAGCCAUUGGUCAUCAGAAAUUUAUUGCAUAGUAUUCGAAUCUUGAGUGAUGGAAUGAGAAGUUUUGAGAAGAAUUUGGUGGUUGGGCUCCAGGCCAAUGAGGAGAAGAUUCAAAGUAUCUUGAAAGAAUCUCUCAUGCUAGUCACCUGCCUGAACCCAUUGAUCGGUUAUGAUAUGGCUAGCAAGGUUGCCAAGAAUGCACACAAGAAGGGAUUGACCUUGAAGCAAUCGGCUAUGGAGUUGAAGGCUCUGAGUGAAGAAGAUUUCGAUAAGUUGGUUAAACCGGAAUUGAUGGUUGGCCCAGAGGUGUACAAGAAGUAA